AGGAGAAGCAUCAAGCAAGGCAAUCAGUAGCAGGCUUGCAGCUACCUCCUCUGCUUGCUUCCCGUCGACUUCCUCUUCCUCCCCCGUCGCCGAUCGAGGACGAAGAUGGGGAGGAGCCUGCUCCCGCUGGCGCUGCUCGUCGUCCUCUCCGCCGCCGCGGCCGCCCCCCAGCUCGUCGGAGCAGCAGGGCGAGACCAUUCCCUAGGAAUCAUCCAGAAAGACAUCAUACAGACGGUCAACAACCACCCCAACGCCGGAUGGACGGCUGGAUACAACCCCUACCUCGCGAAUUACACUAUUGAGCAAUUUAAGCAUAUGCUGGGAGUGAAGCCAACGCCUCCAGGUUUACGGGCUCGUGUUCGCACCAAAACUCAUUCAAGAUCCGAGCAGCUCCCAAAGGUGUUCGAUGCCAGGUCGAAAUGGUCCGGCUGCAGCACAAUUGGGAAAAUACUUGAUCAAGGUCACUGUGGUUCCUGCUGGGCUUUUGGUGCCGUGGAGUGUCUGCAAGAUCGUUUCUGCAUCCAUCACAACAUGAACAUUACGCUUUCUGCCAAUGACCUAGUGGCUUGCUGUGGGUUUAUGUGCGGCGAUGGUUGUGAUGGAGGAUAUCCUAUCAGCGCAUGGCAAUACUUCGUCCAGAACGGUGUUGUUACUGACGAGUGCGAUCCAUACUUUGAUCAGGUUGGCUGCAAGCAUCCUGGAUGUGAACCUGCUUAUCCUACACCUGUGUGUGAAAAGAAAUGCAAGGUGCAGAACCAAGUUUGGGAGGAAAAGAAACAUUUCAGCAUCAAUGCAUACCAAGUAAACUCUGAUCCACAUGACAUCAUGGCAGAGGUCUACAAGAAUGGCCCUGUAGAAGUUGCUUUCACAGUUUAUGAGGACUUCGCACACUACAAAUCAGGAGUGUACAAGCACAUCACCGGUGGAGUCAUGGGAGGUCACGCCGUCAAGUUGAUUGGUUGGGGAACCAGUGAUGCUGGAGAGGAUUACUGGCUUCUUGCAAAUCAGUGGAACAGAGGCUGGGGCGAUGACGGGUACUUCAAGAUCAUAAGGGGCAAGAAUGAAUGUGGCAUCGAAGAAGAUGUUACUGCCGGUAUGCCCUCGACAAAGAACAUCGCCGGUAGCGCCUUUGCAAUUUGAAGUUUGAGCAGCCCCUUGUCCUCUGAUGCUGUUGGAAUUAGCAAUCUGCCUGUCAAAUUUAAGCGGGCAAAUUAGCUUUGAUGGUACCAGGAUUCUGUAUUCUGCGCACUAGCUAUUAAUGUGUCCGUUAAUGGCAAUAAAACAAUUAUUAUCAAGGCAUCUGUGAGUGACAAACAAUUAUCCAUUUCAAUUGGAAAAAAUGAAGCUGAGUUGUGUUCA